AAAAGAGAGUGGGAGAAUAGAGGAUGGAAUAAAACCCUAGUCAAUUGGAAAAAAGCAAAGAAACAAGCAAAAGUAGUCCACAACGGUGGGGAAGCAGCAAAGAGAAGUACUACUUCUUCAGCCACCUAGCUCGAUUUGGAAGUUACUGUCGAGAUGGAUAAAUAUAACGAGAAUUGGAUUAGAUCGGCCUCAUCCAGUUUUAACUCCAGCUCUACAUUAGCAAAUUUACCACCAUCUCCAGAAGAUCAUAGUGAUACUGAUUUCAGUCAUUUUGCUCUUUUGAACUUAGCUAAUUAUAAUGACUCUGAGAAAGCCAAAAGUGAGUAUCUAAUUCUCUUAAAUACUUCAAUUGAUGUCGCAAGGUUCAUUUUAAAACAUGGAUGGUCAUUUUUGGCCGAUGAAGAGAAAAAACUUUUGGAAAGAGAAGGUAAUUUUGAGGCGCUUUUGCAAUUUUACGGGCAUCACAUUGUUCAUGAUGUGGGAAGAGUUAUACUAGAAAAUGCUGAAAUGCAUCGAACCAUGAUUGCCCCAAGUUUCCUGAAAGACAUUGUGAAUGCUUGUGCAAAGGAAACUAUUAAAACCAUUGUUGAAGACUUAAGUGGAGAUUAUUUUAGAUUAUUAGUCGAUAAAUGGGAGGGUGUCUGUGAUGAGUAAGAAGUGACAACUAUUUUGCGGUAUGUUGACAAAAAGGGUAUUCUGAUGGAACGUUUCAUUGGUAUUAUUCAAGUUAUUGAUCAAUCUGCACAAUCUAUGAAAGAAAAAGUAGAUUCUUUGCUUAUGGGUUACUCAUUGAGUAUAUCUAAGAUGCGUGCACAAGGUUAUAAUGGAGAUACUAACAUGCAAAGAGAGAUCAAUGGUCUUAAGACAUUGAUUUUGCAAGAUAACCCGUCGGCGAAUUGCACUCAUUGCUUUUCCCAACCACUACAUUUCACAUUUGUAACCGUUGCUAAAAGACAAUGUGAUGUUGGUCGAUUUUUUGCUAUACUCACUUUUAUGCUGAAUGUGAUAGGAGCUUCUUUUGAGCGCCAAACUAUUUCACAAGAAAAUCAAGAUGAAAAAUUGAAAGAAUUGCUUAAUUUUGGUAAAGUUCUGACUUGGCGAGACUCCAGUCAGAAGUAUGAGUUUGAAAGAUUAGGUGAUGCUCCUUUGGAAUCUCAUUUUAAAGCAUUGCUUAGCGUCAUUACUAUAUUUUCAUCAGUUGUUCAUGUAUUAGAAGUUAUUGCAAGUUUACGCUCUCCUGAGAGAAUAUGGGCAGAAGAUCUUCUGGAGAUCUACAAUCAUUUAUAUGCUGCAUUUUAUGUUGAAAGUACUGGUGAUCACAAAGGAGUUGGACAUAGUUUUACAAAAAAAAGAUCAAGAAAUUGUAAAUGCGAUGAAACUUGUUGGCACGACAAAGAGACAAUUUCAAAUGAUGAGAGAUGGUGAAUGGAAACAUCUGAUGGAUGACGUCUCUUCAUUUUGUGUCAAACAUGACAUUUUAAUUCCUAAAAUGGACGAUCUUUAUGUUUUACCUAGAAGGUUGAAGUGCAAGGUCUCUACCGUCACAUAUUCACAUCACUUGCGUGUGGAAGUUUUUGAUGCUACUAUUGAUUCGCAGUUGCAGGAGCUUGACAGGUGCUUUGAUACAGUGAAUAAUGAUUUACUUCUUGGUAUUGCUAGUCUGAGUCCAGUAAAUUCUUUUGCUAAUUAUGACAAGGACAAGAUAAUGAGAUUAGCAAAAUAUUAUCCAAAUGAAUUUGGUGACAACAAGUUUCAAGAACUCAGUAGCAAGCUUGAUGAUUACAUUGUUUACAUGCGACAAUCUGACAAUAGGUUCUCAAACUUGAAGGGACUUGGUGAUCUUUUCAAGGCGUUGGUUGAAACAAAAUUGGAUUUAACAUGGCCACUUGUUUAUUUGCUUUUGAAGUUGACUUUGAUUCUUCUCGAUGCUGGUCCAAGUGUUGAAAGAUCCUUCUCUUGGGUGAGAAACAUCAAGAAUGAAAUGUGCAAAAAAUUUAAUGAAGAAUUUUUCAGUGAUUGUUUAGUUUGUUAUGCGAAAAAUGAUGUAUUUGAAAGUGUACCAGAUGCUGCUACUAUUAAUCAGUUUCAUAGUAGGACUCUGGCAGAGAACAAUUGAUGUAGGCUAUAUUUUCUUUAAUGAUGACAAUGACAGUGAUAUAACAUUGUUCGACAACUAAGGUGCUCAAUGCGGUGGUCAUAUUGUUGGCUUGCCAAAUUGAAGUACAGUUUGCUAACUUUCUUUAGGCAAGUGGUUUAGGAAGAUACUAUUCUCCUUUAACUAGGCUUCACUA